AUGAUAAAUAUUUAUUCUGCUGCUGGUAACACCAACCCAACAGCUAAAGAAAUUAAAAAAGUUUUAAAAUCUGUCAAUGCUGAAAUUGAUGAAACUAAAUUAGAUAAAUUCUUAGAUGAAGUAUCCGGUAAAACUCCUGAAGAAUUAAUUGCUGAAGGUAAUUCAAAAUUGUCUUCAGUUCCAGGUGGAUCAUCAGGAUCUGCUGCUGGAGGCGCUACAACUACCGAUUCUACUGAUAAGGCUGAAGAAAAAGAAGAAGAAGCUGAUGAAUCUGAAGAAGAAUCUGAUGAUGACAUGGGUUUCGGUUUGUUUGAUUAAGCAGUUUAUAAGUAAUUCAAUAAUGUUAUAAAUUAAAUUAUUUUAAAACUUACAAGAAAGCAAGUCCA